UCUGCUAACCAUCUCAAGAUGGCGGACGAGGAGAGAGAGACGGCGCUGCCAAUUUCUACUGAAGCUAAGAAACGACGUGCACCUAAAGCACCAGAGCUUCCUAUUGUGGAGAGAAGAAACUGGCUGAUCCACCAGCACUAUCUCCACAAGGACUAUGAGACCUGUAAGGUGAUCAUCAAAGAACAGCUGCAGGAGACCAGUGGAAUGUGUGAAUAUGCUAUUUAUGUUCAAGCACUGAUCUUACGUCUUGAAGGAAAGAUCCAACAGUCCCUGGAGCUGUUUCAGAGCUGCGCCAUCCUUAAUCCAAACAGCAGUGACAACCUAAAGCAAGUGGCCCGGUCCCUAUUUCUUCUGGGAAAGCACAAAGCAGCUAUUGAAAUUUAUCACGAAGCUGCAAAACUCAACGAAAAAGACUGGGAGAUCAGUCAUAAUCUGGGCGUGUGCUGUUACUUCAUCAAAGACUUCAAAACCGCUGAGGAGCAUCUAAACACCGCUCUCCAGAUAAAUAAACACGACGCCACUUUCAUGAUGCUCGGGAAAGUUCAUCUGCUGGCUGGAGACACAGACAGAGCCAUUGAAGUGUACAAGAGAGCAGUGGAAUUCUCUCCAGAGAACACUGAACUCCUGACCACGCUCGGCCUCCUUUAUUUACAGCUUGGGAAAUACCAGAAAGCGUUCGAGCACCUUGGGAACGCUCUCACCUUCGACCCCAACAAUUAUAAGGCCAUCCUGGCUGCAGGCAGCAUGAUGCAAACCCACGGUGACUUUGAUGUGGCCAUGAACAAGUACAGAGUGGCUGCCUGCGCUGUUCCUGAGAGCCCCCCUCUCUGGAACAACAUCGGCAUGUGCUUCUUCGGCAAAAAGAAAUACGUAGCCGCCAUCAGCUGCCUGAAGCGAGCUCACUACUUGUCUCCCUUUGACUGGAAAGUGUUGUACAACCUGGGGCUGGURCACCUGACCAUGCAGCAGCACGCUUCAGCCUUCCACUUCCUCAGCGCAGCCAUCAACCUGAACCCUCGGAUGGGAGAAUUAUACAUGUUGCUGGCAGUGGCGUUGACCAAUUUGGAGGACAUGGAGAACGCCACCAGAGCUUAUGAACAAGCUGUGAAUAUGGAUGAAUCCAACCCGCUGGUCAACCUGAACUUUGCAAUAUUCCUCUAUAACCAUGGAGACAAGAAGAGAGCUCUGGAUCAGUACCAGGAGAUGGAAAGGAAAGUGAACCUGCUUCGAGACAGCAGCAGCAGCUUUGAGUUUGACCUCGAGCUGAUGGAUAUGGCUCAGAAGAUGGGAGCUGCACUGCAGGUCACAGAGGGUCUGGUGUGGACUAAACCAGGCAAAGACUCCAAAUCUAAAGCUCACUCUGCCACGGCCACCAAAAGCCCCGGCACUCCUCUGGGUACGAACCAAGCUCUGGGUCAGGCCAUGUCUUCAGCUGCGAGCUACAGCAAGAACAUCCAGCUGCCCACAGGGGUUUCUAAAGGGCCUCCCAUGGCUCCUGAGCCAGAGGUGGACGUAGAGAACGCUCCCAGCCCACCUUCAGACCCUCCAGGGUCCCCAGAACCUGAACCCUCUGACAGCUCCAAAUCAAAAACAUCUCGGAGGAAAACCAAGGUGGAGGAAUGAAUUCAUCCUCUCUGACGUCACCGCGGUCAGACCUGAAACUCUAGAAUGAAGGGUGAGAUAGACAAACAGCUACCGUCUGUAGUUAAAGACUGGACAGGUCAGGCUCUGCGUUCUCUUUGUGACUAGAUUCCUGUAAGGGUUGUGAAUUUCCAGGCAGCUGUGACGAAACGUCUGAAGCAGCGGAAGAAUCUUUGUGUUCAUUUGUAUCAAAGCCGCUCACAUCGUCUGAAGAUGUUCAGCAAGAAGUCGGAAUGAUUCUCGCCCCUCAUCUGGCUGUAAGAUCUGAACCACUGAGACAAUCAAUGUUCAAACCGACGAGGAGGAGGAGGAGGAAGAGUCUGCUUAUAUCAGAUGAUAAUAGAGAGGAUUUAGUCUGCAUAAAUGUCCUGUUUAUAAAGAGUAUUUAUUAUUAAAUAAGACAUUUUAAAGAAA